UCUCUCUCUUAUUUGUACCGUUAUUAAAACCUUUUGCUUUACAGGGGUCCAGAUUUCAGACAGCAUAUCCAACGUCAUUCCGAAUCUCGAAGCACCGUGAAAAACUCGUAUCUUCUUCUCUAACCUCUGUCUCUGUCACUUUGAAUCCAAAAACCCAACAAUGUUUCUUCCAUUCCUUGUCUUCUUUCUCUCGUUAAUUUCCUCUCUGCCUGUGUCUCUUCAAUCAGAAACAGCCCUUCAAGCACCCAUUUCCAAAGAUCUUUCUACAGGCCAGUACACCGUCCAAAUUUACCUCAAAAACCCUCUCCAACCCACGAAAUUACUCCUCGAUCUGGGCGCCUCCUUCUCCUGGCUCGACUGCUACCAAAACUACAGCUCCACUGCUUACCACCACAUCCCCUGCAAUGCCUCUCUCUGCGCUUCCCUCUCCUCCCUCGCCUGCUCCAACUGCUACGACACGCCCGGCCCUGCCUGCGGCAACGACACCUGCUCUCUCUUCCCGGAGAACCCCAUCACGCGUAAGGCCACCAUCGCCAAUGCCAUCGUUGACACGCUCGCCUUGCCCACCACCGACGGGUCGACUCAGGGCCCACUAGGUCUCAUCCCAGAGUACGUUUUCUCCUGCUCCACGACCUUCCUUCUCCAAGGCCUCGCCAAUGGGGUCACCGGCUUGGCCGCUCUCGGCCGGUCCGACUAUUCGCUCCCAGUGCAGGUUAGCACCGCUUUCUCUUCCCCUCGCUAUUUCGCACUGUGCUUGUCGGGUUCGAGCACGAAUCCGGGCGUGCUCUUUCUGGGCACCAGUGGGCCAUACCAUCUGAAUUCCACAACCGACCUCUCCAAAUCGCUUAUUUACACGCCGCUAAUCUUGAACCCGAUCGGAAGCACCGUGAUAACCUACGGCCACAAACCGUCGGAUGAGUAUUUCGUAGGUUUGACAGCCAUUAAAGUCAAUGGGAAGCCGGUUCAGCUCAACGCCUCGCUCCUGACAGUCGAUGAGAACGGUGCCGGCGGGACCAAGAUCAGCACCGUCCACCCGUACACGCUAUUGGAGACAUCUAUAUACAAAGCAUUUACGGCGCUGUUCGUAAGCGAAGCCUCUGGACUGAACCUCACCGCCGUAAAAAGUGGGGUGAAACCAUUCGAAGUGUGCUACGCAGCGAACGACGUGAUAAGUACGCGCGUGGGACCGGGCGUGCCGACAGUUGAUAUGGUGAUGCAAAACGAGGACGUGUUCUGGAGGGUUUUCGGAUCGAAUUCAAUGGUGAGGAUGGGAGGGGAGGAAGGGGAGGUAUGGUGUUUGGGAUUUGUGGAUGGUGGAGCGAAUGCAAGGACAUCGAUCGUGAUUGGUGGGCAUCAAAUGGAGGAUAAUCUUCUUCAGUUUGAUCUUCAAUCCAAGAGAUUGGGAUUUAGCUCCUCAAUUUUGGUCCGAGGGACCUCCUGUUCCAACUUCAAUUUUACUUCAAAUAAAGUUCUCUAAUAAUCAAUAAUGUGUGUUGACUGAUGGAAAUGAAACAUUAGAAAUGACUUCUAUUUCUCU